CAAUCCGCGCAAAAAAAGGGAAUGCAAUACCCAUAAGCCCAAGCUCAAGCCCAAGUUCCUACCCCUUACCUGGUUUCUCUCUGUCUCUCUCGAUCCCGACGAAAUCCAACCGUCAAAUAUCAGGCAACCGGCAACCGGCAACCGGCGGCAGCUCAUUUCUACAGUUUUAGCUGAUGGGAUUCGGGAAUAGAGGAAUCGUUGCUGACAAAUGGUCAGGGAGGCUUUUAUGGGUCUGUGCAAUUGGAAGUGCAAUUGGCUUCUAUAUGGUUGCUGUGGAAAGACAAACGCAGAAUAGGGCAAAAAUGAUGGCUGAAGCACUGGCUGAUGCAGGAUCAAGUGUAGAUGCCAGCGACCAAAGUUGAUGUUAUGGACUUGAUAAUGCUAAUACAUUUCCAUUAGGUGUCUUUUCUUCCUGGGGCUUUUUUCUUACUUUAGAAACUACUCUGUUGUAAUAAGUACUCGCGAUCCUCAUAAAGGAAAAUACAUUUGCUGGUCAAGAAUUUCGAGUUGGGAAAUGUGGGAUUCCGUUCUUUAAGCAUUUAUGGUGCCUAAGUUUGGAACUGGACAUGAAAGAGAAAAGAAGCUGCACGUCCUAAAUUAAAUUGGGGAAUUCUACCCAUGAAAGCAGCAAAGAAGGGAUAUAUUGAAUUGUGCAGCACAGAGAAGAACACCAUGUUAUAUAUUGCAUUCUAGUUUUGCAUUUAGGUGUCUGUUUUCAGUGUGAGAUUACUGGGAAGUACCAAAUAACAGCGUGGAAAAGAAUAUUCUGUUCUUUUAAUUAAGUUUCUUGGCAUUUUCUGUUG